AACAAAUGUGACAUGUUAUUCUAAUUUCUAUUUAUUUUUUUAUUGAAAACAAAAGGAUUUCAAAAUAAAACCUACUAAAAAACUUACGAUAGUUGUUAUAUUUAUUUCUGCUUGACGCUGUUUUUACAAUACUCAUACUUUAUACAUAACUAAACUUAUCAAGUUCACAGGACGCUCAUCCUAGAUCAUCGCCUACUGCCGACUGCGAAGUCUGAUUUAUCAAGUCGAAUUCACAGGUCGAAUUACACAGAUAUAGAAAUCAAUAUGAGCCAGCCUCAUCUCUAUACUAAUAUAGAUAUUUAUCGAAAACCUUUUCCAAAUUUUAGUCGACCUAAAAUUAUAGGCUACAUCGGGUUGGAAAAUUUAAAAUAUGCGCGCAGUUUAUGUGAGAAAAAAGUUGAGUUGGAUUUAAAUAAAUGUAUAAAUGAAGUUAAAAGAAAACCUCCUGAUUUAGAUGUAAAAUUGAAUGAUCUACUUUCCUUUUUGUUGAAAAAUGAGAUACGAUUCAUGAAAACAAAUAAUUUAGAAUCAGCUUUGAUAUUUUGCUACAGAGGGUUGAUGACGUGCGUAGCUUGUACACCAUAUGAAAAUAGAGAGCCCUGGAAAAUUGUUGCCUUAUUAUAUCAAGGUAAUAUUUAUUUAUGUGCAAGAGAUACAGAAGAGAAAAAAUCUAGAAAAAAUAAUAUGAGUGAAAAAGAUAAAUUAUUUACAUCAUGGGGCUACAAGUUUGAACAAUAUAUGCUUUCAGAUAAGCCAGAUAUCGAACCAAAUCCAGAUGUCCCUUUGGAUGAAACAGAAGAAUUCUCAUUAGUCUUUACAACAAACCUCAAAAACCAUAAAAUUGUCUAUGGGGCUGAAAUGGAUGGAAUAAGAUGUGAUAAACAAUACAUUGAUGCAGUGAACAUAAGUGAAGAACCAGAUUAUAUAAUAAAAUAUUUAUUAGAUAAAGAGUUUGUGGAAUUAAAAACAAGCAGGCAUAUAGAGUUUGCCAAUCAGGAUAGAAAUUUUAGGAGGUUUAAAGCAAAAAAAUGGUGGUGUCAGUCAUUUUUAGCUGGAGUUGAGACUAUUGUAUGUGGAUUCAGAAAUGAUGAUGGAAUUGUAGAAGAACUAAAGGUUUAUAAAGUUGCAGAUUUGCCUAAAAUGUGUCGAAAAUUUUGGGAUCCAAGUGUGUGCUUGAAUUUUUUGGAAACUUUUUUCACAUUUGUUAAACGUUGUUUGGCAAGAGAAGUCAAACGGAAGUAUGGGGACAAUGCAACUAAUAAUCUACAAGGUUUACCGCUUAUUAGUUUAUUGUUUGAGUGGUCGCCUGGGUCUCCGGUUCAAGUUUCAAAUGAUUAUAAUCACGACGACGAUCCAAUAUUAGCGGAAUGGUUUUUAAAAACGUUUGGUAAAAACAUCGAAACCAAAUGAAAAAUGACGACCGAUGAUCGACGUACAAUGGAAAAUCCGUCCGGAAAAUCAUUUUUUUUCAAUGAGGAAUUAAUAUAUAAGUAUAAUUUAUAUAAAUAGUUAAAUGUGAAGAUAUUUUAAUAAAUAAUUACUUCUA